GCAGCAUGUAGAGGGGACUGAGGCAGCUUGGCCAUAUUGUGCACCAGUUCCUCUCAUCUCCUCUCAUUCCUCCUCACAGCGGCUGCGUCACACGUUAAGGCGCUUGUGUGAAUGACACAAUCAACAACACACGGCCCCGUUUAAGGAGGGAAAACCACUGCAGAAAUAAAGUCUAUUUUUCAAAACAAUUCGCUCGACUGACAAGGUUGGUGUGCGCACAAAAUGGUUAAACUGGGAAAUAAUUUCAGUGAGAAAAACAAUGGGAAGGUGGCUUCUGAAGACGGAUUUGACACAAUUCCCCUCAUCACACCUUUAGAUGCCAGCCAGCUUCAUUUCCCUCCGCCAGACAAGGUGGUGGUGAAGACAAAGGCGGAUUAUGACGGCGAGACCAAGAAGGGCAAGAUCAGAUCUCCCAAAAUCGCAGAGUUCUCAAUAAGCAUCAUCGAAGGCGUGUCCGAGCGACUCAAAGUGACCUUGCUGGUGAUCUGUGCUCUGGCCUUCUUGGUGUGUGUGGUGUUCCUGGUGGUCUACAAGGUCUACCAGUAUGAGCAGCCAUGCCCUGACAGCUUUGUCUAUACGCAAGGUCGUUGUAUGCCAGCUGGGAUGUACGGCGGCAACUUCCCCCACCAGGGCCCGGGGAGCCGCGGGCGCCUCUUCACCCUCAUCAACCACUACAACAUCGCCAAGCAGACCAUCACUCGGUCCGUCUCGCCGUGGAUGACCAUCAUGUCUGAGGAGAAGGUCACCCAACAGGAGACGGAGACGGCGCAGAAGCUGGCCUAACCGAUCGGGCGUGGCCUCGCCCGCCGAGGGGGGAAUCAAUAAUAUGGUUGUGCCAUUCAAGCAAACUCAAGUCCUGCUUCUAAACGUGCCCGAGGUGCUGCGCUGCCUUCAAGGUCGGCUGAAUGUGUGGAAAUUGGGGUCACGUUUACAGCAAGAUGAGCCUUCGGCUGGCUUUGUGGUUUGUUUGAAUAGCAUAUGCUGUUAUUUAUUGAUACACAGCUGAGUGGCUUA